AUUCUGCAAACAUCAAUCUCCUCUCCCCAUCAAGUUUAGGGAAGCUUGCAUCUAGCAUUCUUUAGUUCCAUGGCUUCCAAGCAGAUGUUUGCAUUAAUUCUCGCCAUCGUCUCUGCUGUUGCUCCAUUUGCCAUGUCAGGAGAUAUUGUGGUUGGUGGUAAAGAAGGCUGGAGGCCUGGCUUCAACUACACUGAAUGGGCUGCUGCCCAAAAGUUCUGGGUUGGCGACAAUCUGGUUUUCAACUACCCUCCAGGAGUUCACAAUGUCAUCCCAGUGAACGGAACGGAAUUCAAGGCGUGCAACGUUACCCACUCGCCCCGUAACUUCACCUCCGGCCGUGAUGUGGUGCCUCUCAAAACUUCAGGGAGGAAAUGGUACCUAUGUGGGGUUGCAGAUCACUGCUCUAAGGGCCAGAAGGUCGCCGUCACUGUUCUUCCGGCGGCGACUCCUGCUCCUGCCUGGCCUCCCACUGCCCCUGCCUGGCCUCCGGCUGCUCCGACACCUGCUGCUCCUGCGCCGAGUUCGUCCAUCCAAAUCAUGUCAAACACGUACAAGGUGCUGAUGGCGGCGGCGGCGGCGGCUGCGUUGAUUGUGUGGGCGUGAGGAAUUUUCAAGAUGCUGAAUUGGUUCUAAAAUAAAUGCGUUUAAAGUAAUGUGUGGGAUUGGUGUUUGUCAUGACAUUGGGCAGUAAGUUCUUUGGAUUCAAUAACCUAUAAAUUAAUGAAAGUUGAGCGCUUUGAUUUAGUUAAGUAAUACAAUUUAUCUUGUUUCUUCU